AUGGAGGAGCUAUCAGUCACUGAACGCCUUUUGCCAAGGAUUAGGUUCAGUAAUUUCCAUCCACUUAUUAGUCCUUACAACCAGCAAAGGAGAUAUAUAGAUAAAGGAGAUAUACAGGAAACUGGGGUUCAGCUCUUUUGCGACAGUAGAGAAGUGGUGCAUGCCACAGAGGGGCUGGAUUGGGAAGACAAAGAUGCUCCAGGGACAUUGGUCGGAAACGUGGUGCACUCCAGGAUCAUCAGUCCCUUGCGCCUGUUUGUUAAACAGUCUCCAGUGCCAAAGCCUGGUCCCACGGCAUAUGCAGAUAGCAUGGAAAACUUUUGGGACUGGCUGGCCAACAUCACAGAGGUUCAGGAGCCAUUGACAAGAACUAAACGGAGGCCAAUAGUAAAAACGGGAAAAUUUAAGAAAAUGUUUGGAUGGGGCGACUUUCAUUCCAACAUUAAAACUGUCAAACUAAACCUCCUCAUCACAGGAAAAAUCGUCGAUCAUGGAAAUGGAACCUUCAGUGUUUAUUUCCGACAUAAUUCAACAGGUCUGGGCAAUGUGUCAGUGAGCUUGGUACCCCCCUCCAAAGUGGUGGAAUUUGAAGUUUCCCCCCAGUCUACCUUGGAGACCAAGGAAUCUAAAUCUUUCAAUUGUCGCAUUGAGUAUGAAAAAACAGAUCGGGCAAAGAAGACUGCUCUGUGCAACUUUGACCCGUCCAAGAUCUGCUACCAGGAGCAAACUCAGAGCCAUGUGUCUUGGUUGUGCUCCAAGCCCUUCAAGGUCAUUUGCAUUUACAUUGCCUUUUACAGUGUUGAUUAUAAACUCGUGCAAAAGGUCUGUCCUGACUACAAUUACCAUAGUGAGACCCCAUACUUAUCUUCUGGCUGAAUCUUUCCAAAAUGAUGGAAAUGAAGGACAUAUGUAUGUGUGUAUUUAAUUAGAAUGACCAAGAAACAAGCCCAGCUCUUCAUGGCAAAAGAUUCCUUUUGUUUCUGGCAGUGAACCGUAGUUCCCUAUCAGGUUUUCAAAUAAAAAAAAAGAAAGAAAGAAAGAAAGACUUUUAAAUGUGAAAUGUGUUUGUUUUGAUCAUAAGUACCUUUAUCUAAAGAGUCAAACUGUUUAUGAAAUUGUCGCUUUCAUGUAAGAUGAACUAAGUUCUAGAACUAUUGUUGUUUCUCUGAAAAAAUGUCAGUGGGAGCCACGCGUGACAAGAAGGAACUGAAUUAUGCAUGUUACGAACAUUGCUCUUAAAAUGAGCUUGCUUUUGAAAUAUGCUUUGGAGGUUUACCUUAAAAAUAGCAGAUUCAGUAAAGCAACUGAAAAGAUGGUAUUUGAUAGAUGAAUUGUGUUUCUGACAUUGAAUUCUUUUUUUUAUUGCUGUCUUUUUCUCCACAUCUAUGCCAUUAUUUAUAUGAGAGAUGAAAGGGUAAAAUUUGUUUCAAAAUUCGUGUGUGAAGUUACAGUACCACAGUGGAACCAAGUACGUUAUCAUCUGAGCUAGAGUUGAGUGGAACGUAAUUUAAGCACCUAGCCCUGUGUUGGUCACCAUCCUUCCAAUUCUCAUCUUCGGAGUAAUACUGGUGGAUGGGGAAAGCAAAUCUGGGUAUAAGUCAUUUCAACAAUAAUGAAGAUCAUGAUGUUUUUAGACUCUUUUGCCAAAUUCAAUGGUCUGAGAUUAUCAAAAAUAACAUAGAAUUUGUAUGUACUCUGCAGCUUAAAACUUCUUUCUAUUAAUUUGAUAGUGUGAUUUUAUAUACAUAUGUAGAAUAACUCUGACAUUGAAAGAAAAUGAUUGUUUUCUAGGCUAGAAUGGGGGAAAAAAUUGGAUGAAGAAGAAAAUUCCAAGAUCAUGGAUUCAUUAUUCCUAGCCUCCUGGGUUAAGUUCUCUUUGCAUUUAGUUAAUCAUUUGAAUGAGGGAUUAAACUGUAUGUGAAAAUGAAAGUCAUAUUUAAACAUUCCUAAUUAUUAAGUGCUGACAACAAAGGUACCUGGCUUACCAGGCUUUUGAAGUUACUUCCAAAAUAAUGUAAUUUUACAAUCAGUGCCCUUAUCUUCAAGAGGGGUUGAACAGCAAUCCUCUGUAGUAGAAUUAGUACAGAAUGGUGGUCUGGUUGGUGAGGAAAAUGGCUUCUAGAACUCAGGAAAUGUGGAAUGCUUAAUCUUUUUACAAUAGAUGUGAAUGUCUUUCUCCUGUCUUAUCUAUAAAAUAUUAGUUAAAGUAAAACAUUAAAUUGAGGACUAAUGGAAGGUAAAUCCUAACCAACAAAAAUAUUCUCACCACGCUUUCAAAAAGCCAACAUCUCUGUUCUCUAUUUUACAUUUCUGUUCCUUUCCUUUUACUGGUGAUAUCUGCACAGUGUUCAACUUUGUCUUUUGUAAAAAUUGUACUAGGCUUAGUGUGUGGUUGUACAGGCUUGAAGUUUUUGCUCUGAGUUCAUCAGGUGCUUUUGUAAUUUUGUGGUUGGUGAGUAAUAUUUCGAGACAUCUUAUUUUCAUCUAGAAACAAGAGUAAAAUACUAUUUAUUGUAAAAUAUGUGGGAAUCAUAUAUGUAUAUAUACUUAGAAUUUUCUGUGUACAGAGAAAGUAUGUGUACACAUUUCUAUGUAAAUAAAAAGAAUUUGCUAGAUCUGUCA